AUGCCAGGACUUCGCGCGGCCUUCCGAGGACUGCUCAAGCGCUCUCAUAGCACAGGCAGCUCCUCGGCAGAACCCCAGCCGCAGCCCUCGCAGCACUCAGGCCAAGCGGCAGACAGCAGGAGCCCUUCUCGCGACCACAGCCGAUCCUCUCCACAUCUCGCUGCGCUCAAGAGUCCGUCCAAGUUUAGUGUGCAGGACAGCAUCAGAGAGGAAGACAGCGACGACAACUUCCACGACGCUCCCGAGCCCACCACGCGCCCGCCCGCUGCCAGCAACCGCAACCGCAACAGCACCAGCACCAGCACCAGCACCAGCACCAGCACCGGCACCGGCACCGGCACUGCUGCUCCGACCCUCGACGCUCAACUUGGUAGCAUCCAUCUUGACAACGACAUCCAGUCCACUCCCGAGAGACAUGAGACUUCGAGCCACUUGUACAAUCAACCAAGCCUGACAUUGCAGUGUGCCACUCCCGAGAAGCCUCUCGACAUCCUCGCCGAGUAUGUCACUGAACCACAAACCUCGCCCAACGUCCCACGCGCUGACACAGAUGCUUGCACCAGCACAAGGAGCCUCCGUCCUCAAUCUGCCCACUCGCGUCCUCGAUCCCCAGUCUCAGUCCGCGCCCAGCCCUCUCCGAGUCUGCCGUCGCUGCCGCUACCACUGACGCCUAAACGUCCAUCCGAGAACACUAUCCGUCGUCAAUCUCUCUUGAGCGGCGCCAACGCUCCUGUCAUCCGCGCUCUACUCAGUCCCAAUACCGUCGCUCAAUUCCCUCUACCUCCCUCGACCCCUCCUGCUACCAUUGAAGCCUCGGACUACUUUGUCGACGCCCCAGUCCCUCCUAUCGCUAGCAUGUUGACACGAAAAGUAUGGGUUAAGAGACCCAAUGCCUCGCCUACCAUGGUCACGGUGCGCGAAGACGACCUUGUCGAUGAUGUGAGAGAUCUCGUCAUGAGGAAAUACGGCAACUCGCUGGGUAGAAGUUACGACUCACCCGAUCUUGUCUUGCGCAUCGUCAGCAGGCCUGAUGAGAAUGGGAAGCGCGCGUCAGAACGUAUCCUCAGUCCAGACGAGGAUGUCUGUCGCACAUUGGACUUGUAUUAUGCUGGCGGCCAAACAGCCGAGGAAGCCCUUCUUAUCGAAACUCCUCCACGCCGCACCCCUCGCCCAUCUCCUCGCAUAUAUAACGGUGCUUCAUAUGCUGCCUUGGACGACUACCGACCUGCAGAGACGGGCACUGACUAUUUCCCUCCAAUGCCCGCAGUCCAACUUCCAUCAAAUGUGCCUGGUCAACCGCCUGUGCAACAGACAUUACAUCCUGAACCACCUCGCUCAAUAGCCGUGCUAAACACUGGCCAGAUUCCUGUCUUGCCAUCACCGGGCAGUGUCCGCCGCCAUCGCGAUCCCCGUGAUCCUCGGCCAAAGUUCAAUCGCCAGCACACUUCUUCCCCUACCAUCAUGACCCAUAACCCUCCACCUACAUCCAUGCCUCUCAAUGCAUCCAACCUAGCCAUUUCUCAACAUUUGCCUACAAUCAGACAGAGUCGUCCAAGAGCCGGUUCCACAGUUUCUGAACAACAGGGCCAUGCCGUACCGCCGGCGCCAGCUCUCCCGACACCUCCUGCCGCAGAGGCUAUACCCUCUGUACAUCCCGGCAGUUCCCCGCCCACCCCUGCUUCUCAGAGUCAAAGCACGCUCAAGCCUGCCCGCCCUCGCCGCCAAAGAAAGCUUACUCCCACCGACGGUACGCCGACCAUCAAAUCUCCUAGCAAUGGCGCAAAAACAACCCUUCCUCCUUCGCUGCUCGACGGUGCAGUUCCUCCCAUCAACGUACUGAUUGUCGAGGACAAUAUCAUCAACUUGAGACUGUUGGAAGCGUUUAUGAAGCGCUUGAAAGUAAGAUGGAGCACAGCUUUGAACGGCCAAAUCGCUGUCAACAAAUGGCGAGCUGGCGGUUUCCAUCUGGUACUGAUGGAUAUUCAAAUGCCCAUCAUGAACGGUUUGGAAGCAACCAAAGAAAUUCGUCGUCUUGAAAGAGCCAAUGGAAUUGGUGUGUUCAGCACCUCUUCCACUCCUGCUCCCUAUUCUGGCAAAGGCGAGAAUGGAGAAGAUCAUGACGAGGAAAAGAAGAAGGAAGAUGAUAAACUCGUGUCUGAUGGCGGCUUGUUCAAGAGUCCCGUCAUCAUUCCCGUUAACUUCGUCUGGCUUGAACGCAAGGUCAAGGAAUGGGGUUGCAUGCAAGCUCUCAUUGACUUUGACGGCUGGCGCAGGUGGAAAGACUUUGAUGCUGAUAAGGCAGCGAAAGAGAAGAAGGUUAAGCGUCUCUCACGAGCCAGCGCCGAGGGACCACCCAGAUCUCCUCGUCCUGGAACGACGACGGCAGACGCACCAGCACAAAGCAACGCGGAACAAGUUGCGGGUGCUGAGAAGAACGACGCGCCUGCUGGAAACACUUCUACCGAGACUGGCACUGGCGACAAUGCUUCAUCCGGUGCAGACUCAGAAGCUCGCAAGGACAGCGUACCUCAAGUCGAUCUGACCAAGGACACACCUGCACCCACAUCCAUCACAAACGCCGGCCUCGCAACAAGCCCCGAUCAAGGUACCAAGCGUACCCACGAAGAAGCCGCCAAUAACAUCAACGAGAAUAUAGACGACUACAUCGAUGACUAUUCUAUCGUCACCGACAGCUGUCAAGUCGUACGCAACAAGACCAAUCGCUUGAUUGAGCCUGGCGAGAUGAAAGUUGGCGAUUUUUGUAGUACCAUCAAUGUGAGCAGUAAUGCUUACUAUAGCUUUAUGCACAAGCAUGGUACUAUGAAGGGUGAUGAGUGUGCGGCUUACCCUGCUGCUUUUGCUUUCUUCAAGAGAAGAGAGGAUAUGGGCAUCAAGGUGCCGACGAAGAAGCAGAAGCAGGCCAAGGAUAAUGAGAAGAGUGGUAAAGAUGGCAAGAAGCAGGAAGAGAAACUUGAUCUCAGUGAUAUCCACCUCGAUGGCGAGGAAACAGACUUAGUCCCUGAAUACGACACCUGUGAUGACAUCCGCCGCCAAAUCACGGCAUACCUCAAGAAGCCUGGUGGUAUCAGUGCUUCCCAGAUGCAGUCCUUCAGAGGCAAGAAAGGACCUGAUUCCGGCAACACUAGCUCGGUGUUCUACUCUGCUUAUGUGUUCUUCGAGAAGAUGCGCAUCAAGCAGGGCAAAUCCAAGAGCCAGAAGAGAAAGGAGACGGAGGAGGUUUGGGGCCUUGGGGGCUUCGACACUGAGAAUUCAAACAAGGGCGGUUACAUUGUCCGUGCUGGCUCCAAAAUCGCCAUGGACAAGUUUGGAAAGGUUUUCAGUUAUUGA